UUGCUCACUCGUGAGAUCAGCUAGCUAGAAUGUUCUCGUGCAUUCAGGUGUGUUUAUAAAGGCAGGGACUGAGAACCGAGAGGAAUAUUGUGUCUUUCAUUUCAAAUUGCAUCGGGGGAUUUCUUACAGCUCAUUGGCAUGUGUGUGCGCAGCUCUGAAAACAUGUCAGAAAACAACCAGGACAGGAGGUUCCCCAGGAACCUGCAGGGAGUCCUGCAGCUGGCAGUCCAAGCUGGCUCAGCCGCCGAGGGCCCGGCUCCUCUGGAGCCCAUGUCUGAGGAGAGGAAAACGUGGCUAACAGAAGCUCUCUCAGAGGUGUGCAAAGGCCAGAUGGAUGAAGUGGAAGAGAUUAAGCAGUGUUUGGCUGUUCUGCGCAAAGGUGAAAUAUGUGAAAACGAUAGAGAUGGAGAGGAAGCGAGGAAAGAAGAAGAAGAAGAAGAUGAUGACCAUGAGCGGGAAUCAGCCUUUGAGAUAUUGUCAGAGUUAUGUGAAAACCUGGACAAUGCUAGAGAUUUUAUGACCCUUGGUGGACUGGAGUUGUGCGUCUCCCGGUACCUGUGUCACGUCAAGAGUGGGCUGAGGUGGCGUGCUGCAGACCUUAUUGCUUCUUGUGCUCAGAACAUGCCACAGGUGCAGGAGCACUUGCUUAAUAUUGGGGUGUUGCAGAAGCUCCUCCAGCUGACGGAUUCAGACCCCCAAUCCACCGUCAGAGUUAAGGCUCUUUAUGCCGUCUCAUGCCUGGUUCGAGAGCAGGAGGCGGGACUCCGGGCCUUCCUGUCCUAUGAUGGUUUCUCAGUGCUGAUGAGAGCUAUGCAGUCAGAAAACGAGAAGGUCAGGACCAAGUCUGCGUUCCUUUUGCUGAAUCUGCUGAGCUCACACCCUGAGCAGAAAGAAACGGUUGUUUCCAUGGGGAUGGUGCAGCAACUGGUAUCCGUUCUCCGCACGCCACAUUCUCCUUUCCAUGAACAUGUGCUUGGUGCUCUUUGCUGUUUGGUAGACGACUUUCCCCAGGGUCUAGAAGACUGCAGGAACCCUGCUCUGGGUCUGGAGGAAUUACUCAGACAGCGAGUCAAAGAUCUCCAGGGAAAAGAUGAAAGUCAGGAAGAACUUGACUUCUGCGAGCGUUUGGUACGCAUGUGUUUCCAUGGCCAGCAGUCAGAUGAUGCCGGGAUGGAUCGUUGAAUGCCUUUUCUUCACUCCCAUAUGUUUUGGUAUUUGUAAAUGAUGUAGAAGUUGAAUCAUUUGUCUGUUAAGACGGUCCCUUAUUCAUAUGUAAUCAAGAGGCUGGAUUUUACUGUGUAAAUAACUGCAUCUUAACAUAUUCGGCUUUUUUAAAUAAAGUUACCUCAGUUCAGUGUUUGUUCUUAGUAAAUCUUAAAAGUAAUACCAAACAUCCUCUUAAAAACACGUAUAUGUAAUGUUUUUAUUUAUGUCAAAAGUACACAUCCAUCUGUUUACUCUUUCACUAGGGUAAACACCUCAGCUCCACUGGGGUCAGAGAAAUCUUUAUUUCAAGUUGUUGCCUCAUUUUAAAAGAAGAUUAAUCAUUGAAGUUAUCAGAUUUAUUGACUUUUAGCAAUAAACAGACAUUCAACAGUCAGUUCACAUUAUGCUUUCAUAUGUACAUGGUUGACACUCAAAAUAUUUCACAUUAAAUUACAGAAAAUAAAUAUUCAGAGCUGAUAUUCAGUGAGCAUUUUUCAGUUUUGUUAGAACUCAUAACCAUGAUAUGGGAUCUUUAAGGAUAAAUGUGUAUAAUUGUUGAGUGCUGAUCAUUACAACUGAGUUUCUAAGAAUAUGGUCAACAAAUCAAUAAGGUCAGGGAAGAUGAAAGUGAUACCGAUUAGGGCUUCUUCCAUUUCGAAUUGAAGUCUGUGGUCUCAACUGCCUUUAUGUCACCCAUAGCAAUCAGUAGCUGUGCCAGAUAGUACGUAACCAUAACAACAAUCUGACCAUUCUGCAUUGGCGGCACCGCCUUGAAAACUUGAAGAGCCAGGGUAGCGUCCGAAACCAUGAAAGUCAAACUUCCCAAGAGUGUUGCUGUGUGGCGGGUUCUGAUCGCUAAUCCAGCCAUGGCGACGAUUAGGACGAUGUAGA